UCAAACUUCUACCAAAAUCUUCCAAUGGCUUCCCAACAACCACAAGAAGAACCAAAAACCAUUCCCCUCAAAAUCUUAGUAGACAAAAAAAACAACAAAGUUGUUUCUAUAGAAACAACCAAAGACUUCAUCGACACUCUAUUCAGCUUCCUUUCUCUUCCACUCGGCACCAUCAUUCGCCUCUUAACCACCACCAACAACAAUGACCAACAACAAGAACAAGAACAAGAACAAUCAGAAUCAUCAACGUUCCUCGGAAGCAUCAACAACCUCUACAAAAGUGUACAAAACAUGACUCCAAACAAUGUUUGGAACAACCCUGUUUGCAAACAAAUGUUGUUGAAUCCAAGGAACUCAUGUGAAUCACUAUGUACGAAGCUUUUCUUGAACAUUGAUGAUACUGAACCAUCGAACAAGUUUUUUGUGUGUGAUUCUUGUAACAAGUUUACAACUUUUUCAAACCUUGUUUGUGAAUGUGGACAACCCACUAAUAAGCAGCCUACGAUUUUGGAUUCUGAGGGUCAAGGGAAUAGUGGUGGUGUUAAUGUGGAUGGUUUAAAUGGGGUUUUUGUUAAACAAAAUGGGUCAAUGUUUUUGGUGUUUGAUGAUUUGAAGAUUGUGCCUAGUUCUUUGGUGAGUUCUAUGGAGAUGUUGAUGGAAUUGGGGUAUUCAGAUUUGACUCAAUUGGAAGAAGUUACACACAGCAUUGGAAAGCAAGAGAUAUUGAAACUCCUCAAGUAUACCUUAACCUCUCAAGAGCCUCUAACAAACACAAUUUUGAAAAGUAGCUCUAAGAACAAAGAAAUCCCACCAAACCAAUUUGCAUCAGCAAUCAGAGAAAGGCCUUGCACUCGCGACAUCAAAAUGGACGUUAAGCUAAUCCGAAGUAAAUCUCAGAAAAAGAUAGUCUUUGCAGAAGCCAGUGAAAACUUUGUCGACUUCAUGUUUAGCUUCCUUACAAUACCAUUAGGUUCCAUUGUAAAGCUUUUGGAUGGUAACACUUUUGUUGGAUGCGUUGAUAAUUUGUACAAAAGUGUAGAGUCCUUGGACUCUUCGUGGUGUACGGAUUCGCGCUCCAUGUUACUCAAUCCCGGUCUAGCACCGCAGUUUGGUUGUCCAAAUCAGCCUCUCAACAUUUCUGAUGUAGAAACACCAACUACAUAUUAUUAUGGUACAGGGUCAAAAAAGCAUGAUCCUUAUUAUGGAAUGAGACAAAUACAGUUCGUGGGAGGAGUGAUUUCUAAGUCAUAUGGAUCAGUUUAUGAGGCAAAAACCUUGACUUCCCUGGAUCCAAGAUCGCCCAACAGAUCGAAUAACAAUGUUGUUGGAUUUGUGAAGAGACCGACAUUGUAUGGUGUAGCAGAUGAUCUAACAGUAAAAGUACUUUCUGGUAGUUCUUGUCUCUCAUAUUUGAAAGAAUUGAGUCUUCCCCUUGAUGAUCUAGAAAUGAAGGUGAUAAGCAUUGGGGAAGCUGAGGCUUUGAGCCUUCUUGCAGCUUCCUUGACAUCCAAGUUUGCACUAACUAGUGGACUAGAAGAUUUUCUUAAUGUGCCAAAACAAGAAUCAAAUUUGACAUCAAAGUAUAUACAAACUAGCAGGCUUGAUGAACUUACAAAGGAGCCUAAACCAGAAAACUGAAUUAUUAAUGAGUUGCAUUUCUAACCAUUGUUUUGCCCAAUAGUUAGAAGAUUUUGGACCUUAGUAAUAUCAAUAGUUUAUGGUUUCCCUUUACAUAUUAAUACUACUAACUAGUUUUUGAUUCUUCUAUUCACUUUUAUGGAUUUGGUGGUGAAAUACUUUUACAACUAUAAUAGUAAACUAGUGGAA